GACUGUUAUUAACAGCGCAUACAAAUGUAAGCAAUGUUAAGUUAUUAAGAACGCAAAAAUAGAUAAUUUUGACAAUACAACAAUGGCAAGUGAAGAAUUGUUUCAAAAUGAUUACUCGGAAGAGCCCGAGCUGGAACAGGAUGUGGAGCAACUUGCAGAAAGGGAUGAGAGGGAGAACGAAGUAGAGAAAGAGAAAGGUAAAACUAAUGGAUCGACUGUGACAAACGAGGAAACGAGACACACCGCAACCAAUGGCAACAAGGCCGCAGAGCAGGACCACGAAGCCAAGUUGACACAGCUGCCUAUGGGUCGCGUACGUAAUAUAAUGAGACUGGAUCCUGAUCUGCAGAUAGCUUCCAACGAGGCCGUCUUUGCAGUCACACGGGCAGUGGAGCUGUUUAUAGAAUCCCUGGCACGUGAAUCCUUCACCUACACGGUGCAAGCUAAGAAGAAGACAAUGCAGAAGCGUGAUGUGGAUAUGGCUAUAUCAGCUGUCGAUAGUUUGUUGUUCCUCGAUGGCGCUUUAAAUUUUUAGAAUGUUGCAUUAGGGACUAAUUUUAAGUUAUAAAUAAAACACUUUAAAUUUGUUGGAUUAAAUAUAAUUGGUAUUUAUUUUGGAUAGUGUUCGUCGAACAGAGCAAGUAGCAUUAAAUUUAAAUUUUAUUCAUUCUAUGUUGAAUGCGCACAUUUGUUUGUGGAUUUAAAUUUAAAAAAAUUUUAAGUAUAUUGAACAAUUCAUAGUUUUUUACUUUUAUUUGUUGAACGCAUUGCCGGUAUAACUAUUUUUAAUUUAUUUAAAGCAUUUUCUUUAUUGCCGUUUUAUACUUACUUUGUCGUUCGUUGGGUAAUCUAUUAUGGUUUUAAAUUAUUUAUUUUUAUUGUUGAAAAAUAAUUCCAAAACUUAUGCUAACAUUUUGUUUUUUAGAUUAAUUUAUGGAUUUGUUGUUGUAGUUGUUACGAUUGCAUAUAUAUGAAUGUGUAUAUGUAAGUGUAUAAUGUGUGAUUUGUUUGCUUCCUUCUAUUUUUACAAAUAUUUGCAAGUUCUUUUUUUUGUUUAAAUUUGUUUGUGGGU